AGCCUCUCAGAGUAUAUAUAAUGGCAGUGCUUGUCCCCAACUACUCCGAUCCCUCUUUUUUAGCUUCCUUCUUCCCCCACUCCCUCAUCUUCUCAGUACUGCCAUUUUCAUGGCGGUGGAGAAAAACUAACUCUGGGUAAUCUUUGAAGAAGACGAAGAAGAAAUUGGAUUUCUGUUUUUUGUUUGGCCGUAGAUGGAGAGAUUCCGGUGCAAGCUCUGUUUCAAGCAGUUUGGGAACGGGAAUGCUCUGGGUGGGCACAUGAGAUCCCAUUUGGCCGUCCUCCCGCUUCCUCCCAAGACGCCGGAUUCCGUCGACGGAGGCGCCGGCCUGAGCGAUUCGACCCUGUCUCUGUGCUGCUCGUCGGAGGAGGAGAAGGACGGUGGAGGACGCGGUGGGAGUGUUGGGUUGGGGGAGAACCCGAGGAAGAGCUUCCGGCGGGCGGAUCCUGAGAUUUUUGAGGGCGAGAGCGUGGGCGAGUCGACUCGGAAUCUGACUCGGAGGAGAUCCAAGCGUGCCCGGAGAAUGUUUGGGGACGGGGAGAAAGGGAAAGGGAAGGCUGAGGAGUCGCGGCGGCCGGAGACGGGGACGUGCUCGUUCUCCGACGAGGAAGAGGUCGCCAGGUGUCUCAUGAUGAUGUCGAGGGAUUUCCGGGGAUCGCCGGAGGCGGAGCGCCGCCGUCUGGGGAAUUUGCGGUGCGAGAUUUGCGGCCGGGAUUUCAAGUCCACGCAGGCGCUGGGCAGUCACAGGACGACUCACGGCGGCAGGGGGGGACUCGACGGGAACCCGAGGAAUCCGGCGGUCAAAGUGGACGACGCGAAAAUGCAUGAAUGCCCGUUUUGCGAGAGGGUAUUCGGGUCGGGUCAAGCUCUGGGCGGGCACAAGAGAUCACACUUCUUCCCAUCCCCAACGAACAAAGCAGCCGCCGCCGCCGCCGGAGCGGCAGGAGAGGUACUUCUCCUCCACCAUUCUCCUCCAUCCAAUGUGGAUGGCCUAACCUCCUCAUUAUUGAGCGCUAAUCCUGCCAACAAUCAGGCGAGAAGGCUGGACCUGCGGGNAGCCGAGCUGUGGAAAAUGUACGAACAACUGGAGAAGCGGCUGGAUGCCCAGAACCCCUAUCGCCAGGCGGUCUUCAGUGAGGUAACGCCCUUCUCCAGGAGGAUAAUGUCCUGCCCUCUCCCAGAUAAUUUCAAGACUCCCCAGAUCAAGGCAUACAAUGGGACGACCGAUCCCCAAGACCACCUCGCUCGUUUCGGGGCCAACGUGGUCAUGUACGCAUAUCCAGAAGAAAUCAAGUAUCGGUGCUUCCUGGCGACACUGGAAGGGCAGGCUUGUGAGUGGUUUCACAAGUUACCCAAGGGGUCGAUAGAUAAGUGGGGCGACCUGGCCCACAAGUUCUUGGAGCACUUCGCGUCCAGCCGGAGACAAAAGCUCCCCUUCUCGCAUUUGCUCAAUGUGAAGAUCUGGAAGGGGGAACAGCUCCGGGAGUUCAUUAAUAGGUGGGAGAAGGAGGCUAGGGAUGUCCAAGGGGCGGACGACCAAGCCCUGAUCGCCAUGCUCCAAGCUGCACUCCCCCAAGGUGAUGUGCGUAAGGAGCUGCGAUGGAAUCCUCUCUCGACCUAUCAAGAGAUGUUGGCCAGGGCGAAGUACCUGGCGCUGGAAGAGGAAGAUGAUGAGCCACCAGUCCGGAAGGAGAAGAAAAGCGGGCCACCGGUGGCAGAAGGGAAGAAGAGGAAGGAAUAUGGUAAGGGGCCGAACCCCACAGGGUAUCAUGCGAACAGGCAUCCCGUUCACGCGGUACAGUCGUCGCCGGCCCCUCCUCAUGGUCGGGAAAGCUAUGGUGUGCAAGAUGCACCCAAAUACUGCGAGUACCACCGUAACAGCACCCAUAACACGUCGGAGUGCGUUACGCUGAAGAAGGAGAUGGAUCAGCUGAUCGCUAGAGGGCCACCUCCUCG